AUGGACCCUCAAGAGAUCCAGUCUGUCCGCUCUAUCCUACACCUAAUCUAUCACCGCAACAAAAACCAACAUCAAAAAGCAAAGUGGUGGAGAUGGCUUUCAAUGCUGAAACGCACCGUCUCGGUCCUGGCCUCACUGGACUCGAAGAAGCUUGCGACAAGCUCCCACCUGCAACAUUUGCACUUGGAUCUGAUCCCAAACUGUUAUCAGGCAUUCUCUACUGUCAUCGCCGAUAACCAAUUCUCUACCCUUGGUAUCGUACUCGUGGCUGCUCUGGCGCGUCUAGCUAAGGCGACGGGUAUGAGGUAUCCGAGCGCAAAGUCUACGCGGGUAGAAUUGAAUCAGAACUCCAAGUCUAAGCCUGCUGUUGUGAAAGCCGUGGUGGACCGUGGAGAACGGAUACGUCGCGACGGCGAUGACAAGGGCGAUGACUUGCCCAUGUUACGCAAAAAGCAGCAGCCUCAGUCCAACGACGAAGAUAAUGAGAAACCUGCCAAACUUGACAAAGAGAAGAAGAAGGUCAAGAAGAGUUCCAGCAAGAAGAAAAAGAAUGCCAUCGAUGAUCUAUUCAGCGGGUUAUUCUGA